UUUUCCUAAGGCAGACCGCCGGCGAGGAGCUGAUCAAGUUUCCAGAGGAAGCCGCACCGCUCAAGGACACAAAUCAAACCCACUGAAAAAGGAGGAAACACGGCCGCCCUCCCGCUGCGGGCCGGAAGGAAAACCAAGACAACUGAGGGACGCAAGGCACCUGCAGCAGAAGAUGGCGCCACCCGCCUGACCGGGGGAGCGGGGGGGGCCUCGGGCGGCUCCGCCGGGCCCCUGGCGGCUGGAGGCCCCGCCCCCGCGGGCGGGGCGCGGCCGGUCCCCCUUGCCCCGGGAGCGGUCUGUGGCCCGGCCGGGGCGGCGGGGAAGGGGCGGCUUUCGUCUCCCGUCAGCCGGGGCUGCGCUGCCGGAGCUGCUCCUGCAGGCUUCCCUGCAGCGCGGGUCCCCACGCGUGCUCCGGCAGCGCCGUGACGCGCCUUUAUCCUCUGGGCGGGUGCUUUGUCCGCCUCGCUGGUUCCUUUCCCAGGGGUGGUGGCGGUGGCUUUCCGCCGGUGCCGCUCCGCGCUGGUGCGCCAGGCGAGGUGCCGCCUUGCCGCUGGGCAGGCUUUCGGGCGGGCACCUCGGCCCGUGGCUGUGGGAGGGAGGCCGACGCGCGGCACGGUGAGGGGCAGGCACCGAGGGCCUGGCGCAGCCCCCACGCCGUUUUGUUUAGACCCCGGCCCUGUGUCCGUGGUCACGCGUGGCUCAGCCGCGGUGCCUGGCCGCCCGUCCUGCUUCAGACGCUUGCUGAAGCCAAGGCGGAGAGAAGGAGCUUUUUUCUCGGCGGCAGGCAGAGAGCUUGCCGUCUGGAUGGAUGCUGGGAAGAUCUUGGUGGGAAAACGGGGAGCUGACCGCUGGCCUUUGCUUAGGGCUGCCGGGACAUCGUCGUUUCUUCGCUGUCCAGUUCCCACCUGACUCGAGUUUUCUCAAGUACUGGCUGAUCUCAGAGCGCUUUUGCCAUCCUGAAAUCGCUUUACCUGGUGUCAUCCUGCACGCCGAAUGAUGGCAUUUCCUCCUUUUGCAGAGGAUUUCUAGGAAAUGUCAGGUGGAAAAAAGCACUCUGAAACACUUUGACCUUUAGGUGAAGCCCAGUAGAGCUCAGCCUGUUUGACUGGGGUUGCUGAUGCCUUUUAGAGGAAAUUUUGUUUUUUAAUGUUAAGCCAUGGCGUGCAGUAGAGAUCCAAGAGAGUGUCAACCCAACAAAGUGCCGAAAAGGAGAGCAUUUGGGAUAAUUAGGUCAUGCAGGUUCUGAUAGACCAAUUAGUGGAGUGACAGCAAGCACGGUCUAAUGUUUCUUUGCCCCUGAUACCAGGGAGAGCAAGUGCUUUGGGUUAUUAUUUCUUGGAGCAGAGUUUCAGCAUUGCUAACAUUUGUGUGUACCUAAGGGCUCCCUAAUAGUCUGCCUGCCUUAAGAUAGUUUCCUUACACCUAUGAAACGGCAUUUGCUGCACUUGAGUUACAUCAGUCAGUGUCCUGUGCAACUUCCAUGCCAUAAUUCCUUAGACUCUUUUUUUCUUUCUUGUCUGCCACUCCCAUUUUCCCAUUGAUGAGGAUUUAUUAAUAUUUUCUUUUUGCUUACUAGAAGUUGAGAAAGUAAUGUAUAGAGAGGUGGGGAAUUGUGUGGUUUUGUUUUGUUUUUUUUUUUUUUUUAUUUGUGGAGAUGGCAGUUUGGGGGAUUGGGUUUGGCUGUUUUACAAGAGACCUGCAAACAGACAGGUACUGUCUUUAUUUUUGUUAAUGUGUGAGAAGGAAAGGAAAACAAAGGCUUAAGUGUUUCCUGCUGUCUUCUGUUCCUCUUGGUGAUCUUGGAAGUAGUUUUCUGCAUGAAGAUGCACGAUCCCCUGUAUUAGAACACUUUAUGUGAAAAGUAGAAUACUGUUUCAAAACUGAAACUAAGGUGUUCCCUUGUUACAUCUGAUCCUCUAGAAGUUACGUGUACUAUACACCCAGAAUAAGCAAGCCUGGUCUGUCUCCAAGCUGAAAUGCAGCAUGUCGCUCAAGUUUCAGGGGUGCUCGAUUUGUUAGUUGCCUGGAAAAGGGAUACUAGCAAUUAACUUUUACCAUAAGUAUUUUCUUUUCCAGUAUUGCAGGAUGGUAAUACCACGUGCCACUGAAACAACCAGAGAAGUCUGCAACUUUGAAGAACCCACUUCCUCCAACAUCUCAGAUUCUGGGUCUUGGUGACCUUGCAAAAGAUCCUCCUGAAGUGCCAUCUGUGUGCUGCAGGAAGUGGAUCAAAGAGACUGAGUCAGUUUAUGACAGACUGGCAAAGCAAGGAGGCCGACCUGACCCGACGGAAGCAUUACACACCUGCGACAAUGAAGUCCUCUCCAGCAGCAUAUGCUGCACCUGACUGGUACUCGCACUGCUCCAAUCCCCCAGCGACUGAUGAGCCAUGGAGCUAUGUUUCCUCCCUGCCAGAUUAUAUGAUUCACAGAGAGUUUAAGGCUGAUGACCAUUAUGGUAAUAGUUAUGAGACAAGAAGAGUGCCUUUUGAUUUUGAUAUGGAAAGUGUUUGGCAGCGUGAUGCUGAGGACAAAGGAAACUCAGAGAAAAAGAAGGUAAAGCUCCCGGCUAUAAACCCUAAAUAUCCAAACAGAAUGCCGAAUGUUUCCACAAACAAGGAAUUUAGUGGGAAAAAUAAGCUUUCUUUCCCACCUAUGCCUGCUCAGAGAAAAAGUGAAGCAGUAAGAUUUAGCAAAUUAAUUAGCAAUGGUUAUGGGACUGACUGGUUUCAGCAGUAUCCUGGAUGGGGAAAAAAAGAUUCAAGAACCAUCAGAAAAUAGUGAGCAGUCCAAAGAUUCAGAGCCAUCAUAGUCUGAACCAGCACCUGCAAGCAACGAGUCAAAACCACCAUUUCAGGAUUGUAAUACGUAACUUAAAAGACUACUGGAAAAAGUAGAGCCCUAUAUGGCUUAUAUAGUUCACUAUUCCCAUGUGUGUUUGUCCUGGGUUGAGUGAGUGGUGGAGUUUUUUGGUGGCAGGGGAGGGGGCUAUAGGGGCAGCCCC